AUGUCGGGUGACGCGUUCUCGCCUCCGUAUGCAGCGGAAUCAGUACGUUCUCAAGCGAAGGAAUACACAUCACUCACGCCGAAGUCGCCUAUUGCUUCACCUUCCGAAGACUGGACUGAUGCUGAAUGGGCUCAAUCUCGACGUCCUGCUAUGUCUAUAUCCAAUAUCUUGAAUGAACCACCCUCGUCAUCUACGCACGAUUCGGUCAUCCAGGCACCUCUUGUCAAAUCCACGUCGGCCUAUGAGUCUUCUGUUGGAUCAUUAUCUGGAUCGGAGGCGUCUAAUUCUGCUGCUGCUUCAUCGCCAUCACCAUCGCCAUCACCAUCACCAUCACCAUCACCAUCGCCAUCGCCAUCGCCAUCGCCAUCGCCAUCGCCGUCGCUAUCGCUGCCAUCCUCACCGCGUCUGCAGCAUGCUAAACCAUCCGCUCACGAUGUAGAAGACGUGUCGAAGACAUCGCGCUCGUCACGUCGCCGGGCGUCCCAUCCGCGAGCGUCUAGACGCUCCCACACAGCGUCUUCGUCGCGUACGCCUCGAACGCCAAGCUCGGCACGCCGAUUCGACGACGCCCUUGCUUGGGAUAGCGACCUGUCGGCAGAUGAAAAUGUCCCAUUGUGGACAGAUGAGCUUGCUGCGUACAAGCAACAACGAACUGCGCAUGAAGCGCACAUGGUCGAUGCAUUCUCGUUGUGGAUGCGCCAGACACAGCAGUACACGACUAAGCGGCUUUGCAAUGCAUACGAAAGACGCCUCGUAAAUGCACAAGCACGCACACGAGCCCAACGAAGUGCUUCAGAUGAGAAGCAGGAAGAAGAUAUCGAUAUGGAACUGCUCGAUACACUGGCCGAUCGACCGGCUGCUAAGCCGACAGAGGCGCCAGCUGAUCGGUCUGACUACCUCGAAGAGCUUGCUGCCGACGUCGGGCUCGCAGAUGACGAGCAUGCAGCACCUGAGCUGCCGGAGUCGGAGCCUAUUCCCGAGCUCAUUGACCCGACCUCUGGCGCGGUGCGUGAUAUCAUUCCCAUCGGCGCACGCCGUGCCGCUUUGCUAAGCGAGGCACACGAUCGUGUUUGGACGACCAUUGCCAAGCGCGACAUUCCGAAAGUGUAUCGGACAGUUGUGGCCAGCGCGGCCAACAAGGCCCUGUAUUGGCGCCGCUUGUCGUCUGUGGUGCAGCGAGAAGCUCGUCGCGGUGCGGCACGGAACAACAAGUCGACGAAGGAUAUCCAACUGCGUGCACGCAAGGUGAUGCGUGAGCUUUUGUUGUAUUGGAAGCGCAACGAGCGCGAAGAGCGCGAUCUGCGCAAAAAGGCCGAAAAAGAAGCGCUGGAAAAGGCACGCAAAGAAGAGGAAAUGCGCGAGGCCAAGCGCCAGGCCCGCAAACUCAACUUCCUUAUCACGCAAACGGAGCUGUACAGUCACUUUGUCGGCAAUAAGCUCAAGACCGCUGAGGCGGAAGAGUCGGAGGACACGGCUGCCGAUACCUCGACACCAGGCGCAAGCGCAGGUUCCAACGUCCAAGCCCCAUCUGCUGACAGCCACACAAGCACAGCGCCUGGCAGUGAUGCUGCCGCUGCGUCAGCCGCGAACACUGAUGUCAAUCUGGAGGACAUUGACUUUGAUGACGACGAUGAGUCGAACCUUCGUGCGCACGCGGCACGCAAUGCGACAGAGGCUGUGCGCGCCGCGCGCGACAAGGCGCAAGCCUUCGACGCGGCCGUUGCCUUGGAGCGGAAGCAGCAACAGGCCUUGGCAGCCGAGGAGGCACGCGAAUCCGCUGCCGCGCCGCAGCCAUUUUCCGCCGACGAUUUGGACUUUGUGAACCCGACAUCCAUGGGCAUCACCGAGGUGCAACAGCCCAAGAUGCUUACGUGCACGCUGAAGCCGUAUCAACUCAAGGGUCUUUCGUGGCUUGCAAAUCUGUAUGAGCAAGGCAUCAAUGGCAUCUUGGCCGACGAGAUGGGUCUGGGAAAGACGGUGCAAAGUAUCUCGCUCAUGGCAUAUCUGGCGGAGGUGCACGAUAUCUGGGGUCCCUUCUUGGUCAUUGCACCUGCCUCGACACUGCACAACUGGCAGCAGGAAAUCACCAAGUUUGUGCCUGCGCUGAAAGCACUGCCAUAUUGGGGCAACGUGAAAGACCGGGCGAUCCUGCGCAAAUUCUGGAACCGGAAGCAGAUUUCGUACGAUCGUGAUGCUCCGUUCCAUGUGCUUGUGACAUCGUACCAGCUCGUGGUCAGUGACGAAAAGUACUUCCAGCGCGUCAAGUGGCAGUACAUGGUGCUGGACGAGGCACAAGCCAUCAAGUCAAGCUCAUCGAACCGAUGGAAGACGCUCCUGGGCUUCCACUGCCGGAAUCGUUUGCUCCUGACCGGUACGCCGGUGCAAAACUCGAUGCAGGAACUCUGGGCGCUUUUGCACUUUAUCAUGCCCAGCCUGUUCGAUUCGCACGACGAAUUUAGUGAAUGGUUCUCCAAAGACAUUGAGAAUCAUGCAGAGAACAAAGGCACACUCAACGAGCACCAGCUCCGUCGUUUGCACAUGAUCCUGAAGCCCUUCAUGCUCCGACGGGUAAAGAAACACGUACAGAACGAGCUGGGCGAGAAGAUUGAGGUCGACGUGUACUGUGACUUGUCAGCGCGACAAAAGCUCCUGUACCAGAGCCUACGCUCGCACGUCAGUGUCGCAGAGCUUGUCGACAAGGCGAAUGCCAAUGACGAGAGCGGACUCAAGAGUCUUAUGAACCUCGUAAUGCAGUUCCGCAAGGUGUGCAAUCACCCCGAGCUGUUUGAACGUGCUGAUGUGCGCGCGCCGCUCGCCGUAUCACGCUACUCAGCCUCGGCUGCACCUUUGCGCGACAACGAAAUGGGCUUGUGCUGCAAUGCCGCUCACUCUUUGCUCGACAUGCAACUCCCACGUUUGCUUGUGCAUGACACGAUUCAGCAUGUGCCGACGCCUGGCAACCGUGUCGGAUUCGACACCCGUUACCUGGAUCAUCUGCUCAACAUCUGGCAAAAGCCGCACAUCCAUGACACCUUGUACAAGAACAACAACAGCCCUCGCACCUUUGAUUUCCUCGCAUUGCUGAACAUGACAGCGAGUGAUGCCGAGGCUGCGUUCCACGCGCCUUUGCUCACACGACUCGUAACCAAUGCAGCCACGCAGCGGCAAUGGGCACAGGACCGUCCUGUGCUCCAGCAUACACAGCUGCCACGAGGUAUCGUUCGCAACCGCAUGCCGUGGUCAUCGGAGGAGCCGACAUAUGGCUUGGUGCCGCUUGGCCAAGUCGUAGAGCGAGUCAUGGACGAGCGAGUCGCCACACUCACUCGUGCUGCCAUCCCUGCGGCUGUGGCACCACCACCGCAGCUGUACGCGAACAACCGGCCAUUCUGCGAGCGUCAGGAACGCUGGCAGUCCGACGUGGCCCUCGAGCAGACGCUGUUUGGCUUGCCGCCGCAUGCGCGUGAGGACAUCGACGAAGUUAACAGGCUGGAAGCCCGCCUGCCUGGCGUGCCGCCUACAGGCUUGGUGUCGACGACCCCGCCCGUUCAGCUAUGGGGACCGUCGAUGCAGGUGCCGAGAAUGGACAAGCUCAUUGUGGACUCGAGCAAGCUGGCUAGGCUGGAUACCCUGCUGCGCGAGCUUAAGGCUGGCGGCCACCGAGUCCUCAUCUACUUCCAGAUGACUCGCAUGAUUGACUUGAUGGAAGAGUAUCUGAUCCACCGGCAGUAUAAGUACUUGCGGUUAGACGGUGCAUCCAAGAUCUCGGAUCGUCGUGAUAUGGUCACAGACUGGCAGACCCGGCCUGAAUUGUUCGUCUUCCUCCUGUCGACACGAGCAGGCGGUCUCGGUAUUAAUUUGACGGCGGCUGAUACCGUUAUUUUCUACGACCACGAUUGGAAUCCAUCGAAUGAUUCCCAGGCUAUGGACCGUGCUCACCGUCUGGGCCAGACAAAGCAAGUCACCGUGUACCGUCUUAUCACGAAAGGCACUAUCGAUGAACGAAUCGUCAAGCUUGCACGCAACAAGAAAGAGGUACAAGAUAUUGUGGUUGGCAACAAAGCGUACUCUGAAUCAGGCAUGGCGAAGCCACAGGAAAUCGUGUCGCUUCUCCUCGACGACGACGAGCUCGCUGACUCGAUGCUGCGGCGGAAGCAAGCAGACGAGGCGCAGCUUGCACAGGGCAAAGCCGAAAACGCCCGUGCUAUGCAUGCGCGCCGACGCCAAAACAAGAAUGCCAAAGAAGCUACGGCUUCCAGUGCAGAUGGCAACGGCAACAAGGCAGACGAGCCACAGGGCGUUAAUUGGUCGCUCGAUGAUGACGAAGAUGACUUCUUCGGGGCUAAGCCACCGCCACCGAAAGAAGAGUCGGAGGAAGCUCCACGUAAAGCACCUGCCAAACCGCGCAAGCGCGCUGCCAAGCGUGAGUCAGAUCCAAAGCGACGCAAAAAAGAAGACACCCGUAGUGCCACCGUUGCGCCUUCCUCUUCCACUCCAUUCUCUCCACCACCACCACCUUCUUCUUCUUCUACUACUUCUUCUUCACUCCCUUCAUAG